UCCAUGAUAGUCUGCGCCUUAUAAAAUAUUGCUAAAUGAUAUGGUAUAAUUUUAUCAAAAUGCACUUUAUUUUGUGAAAUUGUGGUGAAAUAGACGAAAGUUUGAAAAAAGAGUAUGAAUAAUAAAUACCAAAUUACUCAUUAGAUAAGUAAUAUUUUCAUUUACUAUCUGUAACGAACAAAUAAGUCAUCGUUGACAAUGUAACGUCAGUUCAAAGAAAAACAUUUUUUUUAACGUUUAGCUCGUAUUUUCUUAUUUAUUUUCUUUUCAAUAAAUUUAUAAAAAACUUUUAAAUCAUGAAUCAGGAAGCGAAAAAAAAUCUACCAUGUUUCAGCAAAAGCCCGACAAGCGAGAAAAGUAGAGUGACGUAUUGUACUGACCUUGAAAAAUCGGUGAUAAUGUCCAACUUUGAGCGCAGAGGCUGGGUCCAGGUGGGUCCUGAUGAUGAGUGGAACUUCUACUGGUCCUUCACGACCAACUGCCGGAACAUCUUCAGCAUCGAAAGCGGCUACAGAAUGAACGACAACCAAAUCAUAAAUCACUUCCCGAACCACUACGAACUAUCAAGAAAGGACUUACUAGUCAAAAACAUCAAGCGGUACAGAAAAGAUUUAGAAAAAGAAGGCAGCGCUUUAGCAGAAAAAGCCGAGGUGCAACUACCGAACGGACACGUAGUCACUCGAUAUAUCCAUCUAGAUUUCAUACCUGUGACAUAUGUACUGCCUGCAGAUUACAACAUGUUCGUGGAGGAAUACAGGAAAUCUCCGCAGAGCACUUGGAUAAUGAAGCCGUGCGGCAAAUCUCAGGGUGCCGGAAUUUUCUUAAUAAACAAACUUUCCAAACUAAAGAAGUGGUCGCGUGAAGCGAAAACUCCCUUCCACCCGCAGUUCAGCAGCAAGGAAAGUUAUGUAAUAUCGCGAUAUAUCGACAAUCCGCUUUUGAUUGGCGGUAAAAAGUUCGAUCUGAGGUUAUACGUGUUGGUGACGUCGUUCCGUCCUCUGAAAGCUUAUUUAUUUCAGCACGGGUUCUGCCGCUUUUGUACAGUGAAAUAUGACACGAGUGUUACCGAGUUGGACAAUAUGUACGUUCAUUUAACUAAUGUGAGCGUGCAGAAGCACGGCGGAGAUUACAAUAGUUUGCACGGCGGAAAGAUGAGCAUUCAAAACUUCCGUUUAUAUUUGGAGGGAACGCGCGGUCGGUCGGUGACGGAUAAAUUGUUCGCGGAAAUGCAAUGGCUUAUCGUGCAUUCAUUGAAAGCAGUCGCUCCGGUUAUGGCAAAUGAUCGGCACUGUUUUGAAUGUUACGGUUAUGACAUAAUUAUUGAUGACGCGCUUAAACCGUGGCUGGUAGAGGUGAAUGCUUCACCCUCUUUGCAAUCUACUACACACAACGACAGAAUUUUGAAGUAUAAGCUGAUAGAUAACAUCGUGUCUGUGGUGGUGCCGCCGGACGGCGUGCCGGACGCGAGGUGGAACAAGACGCCGUCUCCGGACGCGCUCGGGGACUUCGAUUUAUUAAUCGACGAGGAAUUCAUGGAGAAGGAAGAAUGUAAUAUACGUCACUUCAUAGUGAACAGUCGCCGCUUUAGACAGUGAUUAUAUAUUGUUAUCAAAUGUUUUUAUAUUGUUUUAUAUGUAAAAAUUAAAAUUUUCUCACGUUA